AUGAGAGCAUCUAAUCCGUUAUGGCCGCUGCUUUUAGCAGCAGCCAUUCUUCUCAGUAUUGCGUACGUUCAAGCUCAACCAGACGCGUCCCUUAGUGCCACGUCAGCAGACGCAUCUGCCAGCGCACCCGCUCCCGCUCCCAGCUCCGUCGCAACGCCUUUCCUUCCUGUCACCGACGAUCUCCCCGCCGAUUUCGGAGCCCUGCCGGCGGCCGACGCCAUGCGUCAGUCGAUAAUCGGCGGGCCGGCUGAUAUAACGGCUGUUAGCCGAAAGAACUGCUCGCUGUCUGUUCAGACGGACGUGGGAACCAAUUGGGAAUUUGAGAACUGCGUGUAUCUUCAAUCGGGUGGCGGAUUCACCUUCCAUUGGACAUACGAUCGCCCCACGCGCAUUCUCGACGGCGCGUUUUCCGCCGACUGGGAGGGGUGGGUGGGGUGGGGCAUAGGCGUGCGCAUGGUGGGGGCGAGCGCGCUCGUGGCGUUCCGCUCGAGCGAGACGGAGUACUACUUCUCGCAGUACUACCUUGCGGAUUAUAACGCGAGUCUCAUUAAGCCAGACACGGGCGAGCUGGAACUGGUUCCCAACAGCAUCAAGGUGCACAUUCAAGGCUCAACGGUGCGAGUGAUGUUCGCGGUCGUGCUACCGGAGGGGCAGACGCCAGGGCUGUAUGUGAUCAUGGCCAAGGGCCAGGGGGGCAACGGUGACACGGGGAUGCUAGAGCCCCACAGCCCCUUCAACACUGCCCGCACUUACCUGCGCCUGGCAGGUGAGAGUCAAGGCUUUCGGGUUCAGGGUAAAGUGGUGGCUGUAACGCUAUCACAGGGGCAGACGCCAGGGCUGUAUGUGAUCAUGGCCAAGGGGCAGGGGGGCAGCGGUGACACGGGGAUGCUAGAGCCGCACAGCCCCUUCAACACUGCCCGAACUUACCUGCGCCUGGCUGGUGAGAUCUCAGAGGUUCUUAGGGUUCCGGGUUCAGAGUCUAGGGGUUUGAGCGAUGGGCAGGUGUGGCACCCCCUCCUGGGUGAAGCUGCACAGGAUGGUGCAGGGGGGGGGUAUGCGCUGGGCGCGUUUGGGUUCUUUCUCGGGCUGCUCAUGUGGGGGGACGCACAUGAGGGGCAUGUGCGGCUGAGGGGCGUGGGGGGGGAGGAGGCGGGCGAGUUUGACCCGGGGGCGCACAGGAGAUACGGCAUCACGCUCUUCAUUCUUGCAUCCCUGCUGCACCACUGGAACGGGCGGGUGGGUGCUGCUGCCGUGACGCCCAUGUGCGCUCACAACUUCACUGUCACAUGCUCCCACUUUGCAUAUGCAACCCCUCCCCUGCCUCAGGUGACUGCUCUCAUGGUCAUUCCUCACAAGGACGCCCUCCUUCGCCCCUGGUGGAACCUGCUGCAGCACUGGAACGGACCCCUGGUGACUGCUCUCAUGGUCAUCCCCCACAAGGACGCGCUGCUGCGCCCCUGGUGGAACCUGCUGCACCACUGGAACGGGCGCCUGGUGGUGCUGCUGGGAGUGAUCAACGUGUGGCAUGGCAUCUCACUGCUGCACCCGCACUCCAUGGUGUGGUCUUUCCUGUACGGCAUUCCCUUUGGUCUCCUCCUCAUCAUCGCAUCGCUCCUCGAGGCCUUCACUCUCUGGAAGUGGCUUAUGGACGAUGCUCCCACCACCGCAUUCCAGCGCUGGGUACAGUCCAUGGUUCCUGCACACAUGCAUCGCCGCUACAUGUCUCUGCACCAGGGAGGCGAAGCCGAAACCCCUGUGGAUCUCAGCGAUGGGGAGAUUGAAUUCAUGGCCUCCAAAUUCCGACAAGAGCUGGAAUACAAAUACAUGUUGUUCCCUCCUAUUCGUCAGCGCUUUUCCCCCGCCCCCAUGCUGCAGCGCGCCAUUUCCGCUGCCGGCAUCGCAACGCCUCUCCGCGCCCCUCUCCUUUCCGCUCCCCACCACCAAUUCCGCUCCCCGCGCCACUUUCCGGUCCGCCCACUCCGCCCAGCUUCCGCACCCGCGCUUCUUCCCGCUGCUCCAGGUACCGCGGGCCGCACUGCGCCUCGAUUUCCGCCUUCCAUCGCAGUCCACCGCGCCCUCCUUCCGCACACUCCCAGCCGCCGCCGGCCGGCGCAUUUGAUAUCCGCCUCUGCGGCUUCCGCGGGUGAAUCCAUGGCGGAACCCGCGGCGGGAGCGGCGGGAGCGGCGGGAGCGGCGGGUGCGGCGGGUGCGGCGGGCGCGGGGGUGGCGAUGGAGGUGGAGGUGAAACUGCGGUUAGCGAAUAAGGAGGCGCACGCGCGCGUGGCGGAGCUGCUGGCGGCCAAUCACCGCGUGACACAUCAGCAGGAGAACGUGUUUUUCGACGGGGCGAACGGCGAGCUGAGUCGCAAUCGCAUCGUGUUGCGCCUUCGCUUCUACAACAAUGAUUCCAAGUGCGUUGUGACUGUAAAGGGGAAGACUGUUAUGGCGGAUGGCAUUGGGCGCUCCACUGAGGAGGAGGAGGAGAUCGAACCUGCCUUUGGCAGGGCAUGUGUGGCGGACCCCUCGCUGCUGCAAUCUGCAUCCACGCCUCUCCUCUCCUCGCUGCCUGCCCGCUUCUCCUGCCCACAAUUUGUGUGUCUGGGGGGAUUCCGCAACACUCGGAGCGUGUUUGAUUGGCGCGGCAACACGAUCGAGUUGGAUGAAACCCAGUUUGCCUUUGGCACGCAAUAUGAAAUCGAGUGUGAGACGAGUCAGCCAGAGCAACUCAAAGCUGAGCUUGGGGAAUUUCUGCAGCAGCACAACGUGCCGUUCUCAAAUAGCAGCAGCACCAAAUUCGGCAUCUUCCGGGCAGGGAAACUGCCCGAAUAA